AUGGGUGUUAAACAUUUGGGCUCUGGAAGUAAAAUCAUUAUAACAUCUAGAGAGAAACAAGUGCUUAAGAGUGGAGGAGCUGACACAAUACAUGAGGUGAAGGCAUUAAAUAAGAAUGAUUCUCUUCAACUUUUUUCUACCUUUGCAUUUAAGCAGUUGAAUCUUGACGUUGAUUUUCGAGAUCUAUCAUGCAAGUUUGUGGAGUACUCCCAAGGCAGUCCACUUGCUCUUAGAGUUUUGGGUUGUAAUUUAUAUGGAAGGACUAUAAAUGAUUGGGAAAGUGAGAUGGAGAAGCUAGGGGACUAUUCCCACCCCGAAAUUUUUGUGGUUUUGAAAAGUAGUUAUGAUGGGCUUGGUAUGGUAGAGAAGAAUAUAUUUCUUGACAUUGCAUGCUUCUUUAAAGGGGAACCCAUAAAAAGAAUAAAACAUGUUCUAAGUUGUUAUCGGGGUGUAGAGGAUGGAAUAAGCAAAUUGGUCAGCAAGUGCCUAAUUAAUAUCUCAUCUAAAGAUAUAAUAUCUAUGCAUGAUAUGCUUGAAGAGUUGGGAAAAGAUAUUAUUCGCCAAAAAUCUAAAACCCCUGGAAAGUGCAGGAGGCUAUGGAGUCAUGAACACAUUAAACGAGUGCUCAAAUAUAAUCAAAACCUUGCUAAUUUAAGGGAAAUUGACGUUUCAUUUUGCGAGAAUUUAAGGAAGAUGCCUAAUCUUUCAGGAGCCAUCAACCUUGAAGUCCUUCAUUGCGUUGUCUCUGUUAGUUUGGUUGAACUUUGGAAUGAAAAUGAUCAUAUAGAGCUUGUUAAUUUAAGGGAAAUUUACGUUGCAAAUUGCAAUAAUAUAAGGAAGAUAUGUAAUCUUUCGAGAGCCAUCAACCUUGAAAUCCUUGAUUGCUCUUACUGUGAAAGUUUGGUUGAAAUUGGGAAUGAAGGAUAUGAUAGUCUCAAGAAGUUUCCUCAGGUCCCUCGUCACUUUUGUUAUUUAGAUUUAUCAAAAAGCGGAAUAGAAAAAGUGCCGUUGCCUUUCGAUCCCCUAUGUAAUCUUCAGCACUUAGAUAUGAGUGGCUCAGCGGUCAAAAAUAUAUUGAUCAAGUUGGAAUCCCUUCUUAAACUGGAUCUUAGUGGUUGCCCAAAGGUCGAACUACUCUCAGAGCUUCCACCAUAUCUGAAAGUCUUGAGUGUAAAUAACUGCACAUCAUUAGAAAAAGUAUCCUUUGCAGAUCAAAAUUUAUAUCAGUUUGAUUCUUUAGAUGAUGAGUUUUGCAUUGAUCAUAACUUAUUGAUGCGAUUCUGUAAUUGCUUCAACUUGAAUCAAGAGUCAACUAAAAACAUCGAGGCAAAUGCCAUGCUCAAAAUUGAAUCCCUAGCUAAGGAAUGGGCAGCGACAUAUGGAAACGAAAUUUCAGCAAAUAAGUUCAAGGGUCGGAGCUUGAAUUCUUCCUUAAGUUUGAAGAUAGCCCCAAAUGGGGGUGGUGGCAGCAGAUUUUUGGUUUUUGCUAUUUGCCUUGUGGCUGACCCCACUAGCUUCUUUGAAUUUCAAUUACCUGAAUGUAUUUGUGCGUACCAACUUACAGCCGCUGGUGGUGGCAAUGUUGGUGGUGGUUAUGAAGAGCUAAUAAGUAAAAUAACUUUGGUAGACCUUCUUGAGCCAGAGCAGUACAUGGGUGAUUACGUGCUUAUUCUAUCUUGCAUGGACAUGGUUAUAGAAGACAAGAAUUAUGAGGAGGCAACAUCUGAAUUAUACAUCAGAAAUAGAAAUUGGAAUUUUAGUGGAGAAAAGGAAAUCAAGGUGGAGAGAUUUGGUGUUCAUGUAUUUUACGUGGAUGCAAAAAGUGAUACAGAUGCUACUGAAAAGAGAGUUGCUGGGAACAAAAGAAGCUUUAGCCAUGAUGGUGAAGAAGGGAUGGAGGACUUAAAAGAUUGA